AUGUCCAUAUCGAAUCCAAGCGAUAGUGCACCGCAUGGGGAACCCGCAUCUCACGUAAUGGAUCAAUCUGACCGUCUACAAUCUUUACCAACCGAGGAGCAUGGCCAUCCACCGAUAUCAACGAACAUUGCCCUGGACCUCGCACCGCCAGAUUUGCCACAGCCACAUACCGUAUCCCCUGCGUCAUUAUUUCCAUCAAAUCAAUUGCGCCGCGAUGAAAAUGCAAGCGAGGAAGAACAUGCAGGUGCAGAUACAAAUGAAAAUACUGAAAGACCAGCACAAGACGGGCCUUUUGGAUCAGACAUGCCACCUAUGACUGGCGACCAUGCUUCUACAACAGAGAGCGGCCACCGACGAAAUGAAGCGGUUGCCACUGAUUCAUCAGAUGAGUUGCCUGGGCGUAGUCUAUGGACGCAUUUUACCCAACUGUUACAACGAAUCCAUGACUCAAUCACACACGUAUCUGGUGACAGGCCAGUCGUGCCGUUGCACGAAGAAAGCGAAUACGAGCGUUCAGAGGCUCGAGAACACGAAGCACAUGAUCAAUCCGUUGGAACUGAAAAUAGUGCACGGAGCAAUAAUUCGCUGGAUUCACAGGAAGACAGAGCGAGUGAUGUUGCGGUUCAUGAUGAGCCACACAGUCCAAGCAUCAAUCAGCCAGCAUCACACCAAGAGACAGACACUAGGGUCCAAUCGGAAGCGCCACUCGAAGAUUCUCAUGCUUCACCGCAAGAAGCACCAGCGAAUGGAAGUACACCCGACUCAGUUGAGCACGACCGGACUUCCCAUGAACAGACAUCUCCCCACUUGUUGGUGUACAUACCAUCUCACGCAUCGCCAUUCCCUUUCAGUUUCUUGUAUGAUACCACUGCAUGUAUAGCAUGGCCCGUGCUUGAACGUGCUGAGCAACCAGUGUCAGACACCAAUGGAGAAAACGCCGACACGCGUACUGUUCAUGUGCUUGGCAUGCCUUUCCACAUCUCCAUUACAAUGCGUCCAGCUCCGCCAGACGAGGUUCCUGACAUUAACAAAGCACGAACGUACGUGAAAGAGCUCGAGGUCGUGGAUAGCGAACUCCGGAUGCGCAUGAUCCGCUUUGGCAUGAGCGAUAUUGGCAUUUAUGGAGUCGUGGACGACAUGUCCAGCCAAGGUCAGUGUGUAAUGGGCUGUGGCGUGUGCCUGGAACCGUACCCGACGGAGGACAAGCCGGCCUGGUUCACAGAAGGAAAGCCUGGCGAAGAUGAGACAGUCGUUGCGCUACCAUGCCCAGGGUUUCCACACUAUACAUGCUCGCUGCCUCUUUGA